AUGACCAAAUCCCGAUUUGUGAUAACCGACGUAUUUCUCCAUUUUUUUUUUUUAGUUGUUUGUCUGUAUCUUUUCUCUUGUAUUCGACGCCCCCCCCCAGCACCACCAUCCGAUUUUCUGCAUAUUUCUUUACACCGAUCUUGUUGCAUAUCUUUCUCUAUUCUUUUUUUCAAUUCUCCUCCUCCUCCUCCUCCUCCUUCUUCUUCUUCUUCUUCUUCUUCUUCUUCUUCUUCUUCUUCUUUUUUUUCAUCAUCAUUAUUUUUCUCCUUGUUUCCUUGUAUUUCUUCCCUUCUUUUCUCCUUUACAAUUCUUCUUCUUCUUCUUCUUCUUCUUCUUCUUCUUCUUCUUCAUUAUUCUUCUUUUUACCACUUAAAUAGUGAGUCUGUCUGUCUGUUUCUUCGUCCAUGCUUUCUUCUGACAGUGUUUGUUCUUCUUCCCGAAGGAAUUGUCCUAGCUCCAGUGGCCGUAACCCUUAACAAUAGCAAAGCCCCAAACCUGAACCUCACCCUCUCCCAAAAGCCCUUCAUUCCACCCUUUCAAUUUUCUACCUCACCCAACAUCCUUGUUACCUUUCAUCAUCUUAUAACAUCAGCGAUCACCGACAACAACGUCUUCUUGCCAAUUCCCUUUCUGUCUCCUUUGCCCUGUCAACCUCCUGGUGGCAUACCCAGCCGGCGUCGUCCCUGCACUUCACCAUCACCUUUCCUGCUUCCUGCCUACAAACCCGUCUUCUUCACAUAUCUUUUUUUUUUCCUUUUCUCUUUUUCUGUUUAUAUUUCUUUGUCAUUUUUUUCUUUCUUUAUUUCAUUUUCUUUUUCUUCGCUUUUAUUUUAUUUUCCCUUUUUUCUCUAUUCUUCUUCCUUGUUACGUUAUACGUCCUUUUAUUCUUUUUUCUUGCAUAUCAUAUUUCUUUCUUUUAUUCUUUCAUUUUUAAUUCCGUAUUAUAUAUACCUGUUCCUUAUUUGCUUUUCUUUCUUUGUUUCCUUUCUUUCUUUCUUUCAAUGUCCUAUUUUUCUUUCUUUCUUUCUUUCUUUCUGUUCUUUGUUUAUUUGUUUCGUUCUUUCUUUCUUUCUUUCUUUGUUCCUGUUCUUUGUUUAUUUGUUUCUUUCUUUCUUUCUUUGUUCCUUUUCUUUGUUUGUUUGUUUUUAUUCUUUCUUUCUUUCUUUCUGCCUAUUCAUUACUUCUGUUCAUUCUUUUUUUCUUUUAUUCGAUCUUUCUUUCUUUCCUUCUUUGUUCCUUUGUUUCUUUCUUUGUUCCUAUUCUUUCUUGCUUCUUUCUUUCUUUCUUUCUUUCUUUCUUUCUUCUCAUCCUUUCUUUCUUCCCAUUCUUUCUAUUCUUUCUUAUUUAUUUAUUUAUUUAUUUUCCUACUUUCAUGGACAUUAUAAUGUCUCUUUUCUUUUUUCUUUUCUUUCUCUCACGUUUAUACAAUCUCUCGAAGAAGUAGUACGAAACUACACUCCUAAUACUUCUUUAUAUUUCUCUAUCUAUCCUCUAAUUACCCUUCUCCGUCUUUCUUUCUUUCUUUCUUUUUUUUUCUUUCUUUCCCUAUAUUUUAUCUCUCAAUCUCAUCAUCAUUCUCCCUCUUUUCCUCCAUUUUUUUUGGCGUUUUCUUCCUCUGUUCUCUCUCUCUUUCUCAUAAACCUACCCUCUCUAUUUUGUUCUCCCUUUGUUUUUCUUCUCUGUAUUUUCUCUCUUUCUCUUUAUUCUUCUUCCUUCAUUUCGCUCCAUUUUUCUGUCUUUUUUCUAUAUAUAUUUUUUCUUUCUUUUUUUAUUGAUAUUCUCCCUCUUCGUUACUCCAUUUCUUCCCUGCAUUCUCUAUAUGUUUUCUCUCUGUUUCUCAUUGCCCUCUCCGGUCUAUUUUGCACCCUUUUUUUUCGGGUUUUUCUCCCUAUAUUUCUCUCUCAUUUUCAUUGCUUUCUCUUUGUAUUUCUCUCUUAUUUUCUCUUGUAUUUCCCUUCUUCUUCUUCUUCUUCUUCUUCUUCUUCUUCUUGCUCCCCCUCUCUCUCUUUGACAUUCCAUCUUUAA